UGCAAAUUUUUUUCAUUCGAACGGGGAUAAAUACGAAUUUUUUUGAAUAGAGAAUUAUCGCGAUUGUUCAGUUUUUCGCGAAGAACUAAACCGAAAUGACCACUCAUAAAGUUGGAGAAUUUGUCAGAGCUGUUUUCGAGCAGACGAUAAAGUCUAAUUGCUUCGGAAAAUGUUUGAAAAAUGUAAGCUUGAUACACGCAGAGGGAGGAAAAUGUAAAGCAGAAUUAAAAAUAGAUGAAGAGCACUUGAACUAUGGGGGAUCUUUGCAUGGAGGAUUUACAAGUACUUUAGUUGAUUGUAUCUCAACGUAUGCUCUCAUGAGUCACAAAAAUGGUGCACCUGGAGUAUCCGUAGAUUUGCAUGUUACAUUUUUAAAAGCAGCAUUUCCUGGAGAUGUGAUAUCUAUCGAUGCAAAAACUAUUAAAGCAGGUCGUACAUUGGCAUUUCUAGAAGUAGAACUGUCUAAGAAAGACAAUGGAGUGCUUAUAGCACGUGGUGUACAUACAAAGUUCAUCGGUGGCUAG